AUGGGCCCCAAUGGUACGUUGCUUUGGGGCAUCGCCCACGAAUAUGGAGACCAUGCAGGUUUUUGGUGGAGCAGUGAGGGGCAGAAAGCGCUUCAUACGCCUGGACAAGGUGGCUCGCUCGUGGCGCUCUCUGAGCAUUCCGAUGAUGCUCUAACCGCUCUACAGGAACUUUUUUCCUUUGUGGGCGCGUACGCUUGUCAUUUUCGGUGGCUGGCGUCUGGAGCGCUGUUGGUCCACCGUCGUUUUCUCCGCACACAUCCCUGGAGGGGGUGGCCGUCGUACGAUGGCCCUCUUGCAAUCGACGAACUCUCAGUCCGCUGCAUCAGUUGGCUUGGAGCUGCGUUCAAGAGUCUGCUCUCAAGCUGCGUCAAACCCAGCCACGCGCGUCAUGCCUGCUUGCUUCUGCUCUCGCCCUCUGCGUGGUCGCCAUAUUUUCACAAGUCUUUCUGUGAACACACAGAGUAUUCGGGGCACGGCGCGGACAUACACAGUGUCUCUCACGGUUGCUCUGCCGGUCUGCAAUCCUCCUGCAGUUGGCCCUCAAAUGCCACCGGCACGCGAUUCUCUAGGAAGCGAUUUAAACGUCUACAGAACAUUCUUUCAGCGAGUGCGGCCUGUUCACGUACGGUGGUCGCGGUUCUUGUGGCGUCCCGAGUCGCCAGCCAGCUCUUCUCUCUCUUCUUCCCGUCUUGUUAUGGGCCAGGAGAUGCCGUGGAGGCACGACGGAACUCGCCGGCAUUCGAACGUACGCCUCCCUGCGGCGAAGCCACACCACUCUUGCGCCCGGCUGUCCCCGAGGCACAGCGGAGGGCCUGCUGCAGCAUGUGCAAAUGCCUGCUUAUCAACGAGCCGAUGCCGCGCAGGAAGGCAUUGCCCCUGGCGGAUGCCCCCGCUGGCGGUCUCGCUGGGGGCCCUGUCUCGCUAACUGCGAAUGGACGAUUUCGUGCGGAUGGACGUUCUGCUUUCCUGCUCUCUGAAAGAAGCACCGAUCAUCUUCGAGGCUUUUUAUGCUGCUGUGAUCGGCCCGCGUUUCGCAGGCGGCUUGCCGCAGAGGGGAUUUACCCAGACAAGCCGCGUUCGCUUCUUGAGCAGAGAUUCUCGUCUGCGAGGCCCGGGGGAUCAAACAGGCAGCAGCUGGACAACUGUCUGUGGCUUCUCGCCGCGAUCCUCGCUCCGGCCGGGAACCACGCGCGGAGUCUCUUGUUCAUCGCGAGGCUCUGCUUCCUCGAAGCCAAAGCAACAGAGAAGCGGAAGUUCGCCGCGCCCCCCGCCCCACUCAGGAAAUGUACUCGACGCGGGAGCGCCUGUGAGCCUGUUGCGUACAAGGCAUUGCUCCGUGAAGCUGCAAAUGGAGCCACUCUGCGAAACGCCUACGAGGUUGCAGAGGCACACUGGCCCGAUGGAGCAAGAGAAGCCGUUCGGGACGCCAGCUUGUACGGGGCAAACGUCCGCCGCGCGGGACGCCUCCACACCGGCGGUCACGCGGCAUCCGCGCGACGUGGCGCUGGUUGGAGGCAGCGACAUUUCAACGCUUUGCGCCAAGGGUUUCGCCAGGCAAAGGCGAUAGAACAGGGGACGCUCGCGCUUCUCGCGCGGCUGCCAGUCGAGAGCGUCCUCAGCAACCUUGCCCCUAUCCCAGAGCCUCGCGCCCGCGAUUCCUGGCUGUCUGGUCCCUCCGAUCCUGCGCCAGAUAGAAGGCAGGACGUGCCUUCUCAGCCGCUCGAGACACCGGAAGUCGCUGCAAAAUCGGCGCUGGCGCAACGUCCAGCACCCCAGGAGAAGUCGUGUGCGGAGUGCGAAGCGGCCAAGCCGGAUGGGGAAGCGCGGUCUGCAGCUACCGAAGGAGCGCAGGACUCCGUCACAGGUCAAGGUCACGCCAAGCUGAAUGCCCACGCACACAUGCGAUAUGGGUUUCGAGACGAGGUCGACCGAGUAGUUCCCACGGCUGCGUUUGAGGAUCGUGGCUCGAAGACACUUCGUGUGGAGGCCCACGGCGAAAUUGCUGGCCUUACGUAUCUAUGUUGUCUCAUUCAACACGCGCUCAUUCAACUGAAUGCGCUCAUCAGCGCGAUUUCAGCAUUGCUGUCUACGUCGCCCUGGUUGGCUGCAACGCGCGUGAAUUCCCGGCGCAGACGAGAUCGCACGCGAGCGCAUGAGUGCGGCGCGCGUCGUCUCUUUGUGAAGCUUCGAAAGUUCCUCACUUGCCUCCUUUUUCGUUCUCUUCUGCACGCGCUCCGAGCUCACCGGCGGGCGCCCCUGCACUGCACGUUCGCUGCGGGCCCUCCUCUAGCGCGCUCUCUCCUCAGCUCUCCGUUAGCAGCUCCGCCGGAUGCGGCCCUUGUAGACCCUUGGUCAGGCAGCGGCGCCAGCGGCAUGCCAUUUCUCCAGGCGGCGGCCGCCAACGCCACCCGUGUGCUUGCUGCGUCAGUCCUGCCGGCCUCAGGACGCCCUGUGGACGCGGCGAAGUCUGCAAGAGAUCCCGGAAGCGCCUGGCACUUGGAGAGACGGCUCGCGGCAGUCCUCCAGUCCCUCGCAGAAAUGCAUGCGCCCGGACAGGAGCUGCAGAUGAUCUUCUUGCAAGCGCUGCCGGCGCUCGUCCUCGGCGCGGAAGUCGGCAAGGAGCUGCUGACGCAUCACUGGCCGUGGGGCCUCCUGGACACCGAAUUUGCUCUGCUCGCUCUUCUUGUCCUCGCGGAGCCGAAACCCAUCCAAGUCCUCAGUGCGUGGCAAGCGCGAGUCUCGGAAGCAGAUAUCGUCCUCCGCACGCUCGCCGCUCUGCGAUCUGCAACGCGCCCCCGGGUGUUUUUGCGGAAAGCGCCCGACCUUGAUUGGGCUUCUGCAUUUCGCCGGCCUUGCUCGGCAGGUUUUUCUUCUUCGAGCUCUCUCUCGCCGGCUUCUGCGCUGCGGUUCCCUCCUGUCACAACCGGCGCGUCGCCAGGCCACUCUCAACUGUCUUUUCCUCCGCUCGUGCUCUCGCUGGGCUCGACGGAUAGAGAUUUCGGCAGCGCCGCCCGACGGCUGCGGCCGGCAGAGGAAAGCAAGUAUCCGACAGCCAGUGACGGGAGCGUGGAGGAGACAAGCAAGCAGCUCUCGCGGGGUCGGGGUGCCUCAGCCAUGGCGCUUACUCACAGCGUGUCUUCUCGUGGCCAUGUGGACUGCGGCGAUGCGACGCCCGAGGGUCCAGCUUUUUUGACGCUUCCGCGCAUGCGCCGCCAUCUCCACGCGCGCAAACAAGGCCGCACUAAGAGACCUGGCGCGGCCGCAUGUGUCUCGCCGAGUCUCGUUCUCGAGAGGCCUUUCUCUGCUGCGACGCAGGAGGCCGCUUGGACUGCAAGCCGGGCUGCGUUCCCCGCGAGCGACCGUAAAGAAACACAGGCGCCCUGCGACCGCGCGCGAGCCUGGCGCAUUCGCCGCCUCAUCCAGUUGGCCGUCUCGGCAGCUCCGCUUCUCGCUGUGUCCAGCGGAGACUCAUCGCCGCUUCGCCGUGAGGGGGGGGCGCGUGAGCCGUCUCGCGCGUCGCUCCUCGCUCGCAUCGGGGCUCGCUCCGCGCACCCUGCGUGCUGCACUGUAGCAGCCAUGCUAACUCAGAUUCUUCUACAACGCUUCCAGUCCUUCGCCGGAGCGCCUGACGGGCUCAGCUUCUCGAGGGGAGACGAAAAGCGACUUGAGGGCGACGGGCAAUUCGACCCCGCGGCUGACUGCGGGGCCUGCGUCAUGCGCGGCGGAACCAGGCAAGCCUCGGACCGCCGCAUCGAGCGCGACGCCGGAGAAACUGCUGCAGCACCAGGCAGGCGAGCCGCGAGAGAGACAGGGCAAUCUGGAGCAACAGGCAGGCUCAGCGGACACGUGAAAGGGGACGCGGGAAACGCAGGCGCAUUCAGAGACGGCCGUGAGGCAGGCGAGCGCCCUGCAGAGCUUCCUUGCCUCUUCAGGCUCCUCUGUCGAGCCGAGCGGACGGAUGCGGCGGAGUGGGACGAAGCCAGUAUGCCAGAGGCCGCAGGAUGCGAAGGUGGCGGCGGUUCGGUGCGGCAGCAGGCAAGCGCGGACGAAGACGAGUCAAGCGACGGCACGACCGCCACGGAGCGGGGGGCGAGUGCGUCCGAAGGGGACUUUGGUCCCCCGGAGGAGAUCCGAGGGACAAUCGCAACCGCCUCAGUUUCCGGCGCCUCGCGCGGGGCUUCGCGGCGCUUCUGCGGCGGGCGUCGGCACCCGUCGCAGACCCGACCAGCCCACCUCCGUUGCGCGCCGCGAGGGGCAACCGACCGCUUGCGAGGCCAAAGAGACUGGCGGCGCCCGCCCUCGUGGAGGGUCCCUGCGUCCCGGCUUGAAUUUGUGGAGACUCUCAUCGCGGCCCUUCUUCUUCUUCCGUGGGCCCCUGUGCAGUCGACCUCAGGGCAUCCACCAGACGGUUUUUUCUCUCCCGCUGGUUCUUCCUCUGAUGGUUCCUCGCCCGGCGCGAUUUCCGCCUCUGCCUCCCUCGGCGUCUGUUUCCCUUCGAGUUUUUCGAUGGAGACGUUCUCUUCUCCCCCACGGCGCUCGUCGUCCUCUGCACUCCGCUACGCCGCUUGCUGCUCACAGUCCCCUGCUUCCGUCGCUCCUUCUUCUCAAGCCGUCGCCGCUGCGUCCUCUUCUGCCGCAGCGUCAUCGUUUGCGGCCUUGUCUCCGGUCAUGCAUUUCGCGAGCUGCUGUAGGCCGCAGCACGCUCAAGCAGCCGCGAUCGCGAGUCCUCGUUUUCCUCUCUCCCGUCGUCCUCAAGGAGCUGAGGCAAGCGCCAACGCGACGACGAAGAGAGCGAGGAAAGGCGCGGAUGACGCUGCGGAGACUGCGGAAAGCGCAGGCCAGGAGAGGCCGCCCGCGGAGCGUGAGAGAUGCUUGAGGUGCGGCAAAGAUGCGGGGGCCGCGGGAGAGGCGUUGCCUGCGAAACGAGAGAGCGAUGCGAGGGAGACAGCAGACAAACCCACGAAAGAAACAUCAAAGAGAGGGCCUGCGGAGGCGGAGGUGAAGAGAGGAACUGCGACGGCGGACGCGCGAGGGGAGAAGCGUCAAGCAGCAGAUGGGGAAUUUAUGGCGCCGCACGCCGAGAGCCGCGUCUCCGAAGAGGAUGCGACAACCUCGUUCCACCCGUGGGCUCUUCUGGAGCUCUUCUGCGAAAAGAAUUCACUCUGGAGGGGACGGCGGCGCGCCCGUGGACCUCUCCUCGACGAAUCGCUCAUUCAGGCGGCACCGUUCUUUGCAUUCCUUCUCCUUGAGACGGAUGUGCUCGCGCUCGAGGAGGCUUUGACAGAUGCGACCCCUGCGAAGAAGCGUUCAGUCUUUUCUUCUCCCUCGAGCUAUUCUUCCUUUCUUUCGUCUUCGUCUGCGAGCGCGGCGGCUCUCUCGGGUGUUUCGUUGCCUUGCUCGGCGCUGCGCUUCUCAGCUCCUGCGUCGGGGCUGGGCGAAGGGCAGCCCAACGAAGCGCCCACUGGCGCCUCUGCGCGAGGGCGCCUUACACGCCUCCUCCGUCUAUCUCUCCUUCUUUGCGCGAGCGUGGCGCGAACCCUCUGCGUCGCCGGGACCCUUCACCUUCUCCUUCUGCCGCUCAGCGUGCGCCAAGCCCUGCGCCUCCUUCGCCUCGUCCAGGCCUCCUCUGCGGGCAGCGCGGCGGCGCUGGUGACUCUGCCGCCGCCCUCCGCGAGUCGCCAGGGUGCCGCUGCGACGCAGGCAGGCCGCGCCGUGCACGACGAGGGGCUGCACAUCGCGCGAGACGAUAUUCAGAGAUGGAGCAGGCGCGGACGAAGCGAAGCGGAAAGCCAAAACUCGAACCGCAGAGGGCGCAGCCUUGCGCGAGGACAGAGGCGAGCCGGCACGCGCGAGCAGGCCUCUGGCGACACGCGCGCAGCCGCAGAGGCCUACGCGGCUGCAGAGCACCUACGGCUCCAGUCGUCGGCAGAUCGACCUGCACACCUUACGCCUGAGAGACCUUCGAGCUGCGGCGCCUCUCUCCACGAGGCUGCAUUGGAGGCGCUUCUUUCGUGCGACUCUCUGCAUGCAAAACUGCGCCGAGAAGCUGGCGUCUUUUCGCUUGUGUCGUUCGACGAAGGGCCGCCGCACUUCACACAAGUGUCUUCGAGUCAGUCGCCAUCUCCAGCGUCCUCCCGUGCUUCUUCCUCGCUCUCGUCUUCCCUCUCUUUCUCCUCGCCAAGCGUCGAUUUGGCUCGCCGUGGCGCUUCUUCUCGCCCUGUGUCUUCCCCGCGCUCGUUUGUGCUCCCUUCGCCUUCUCCGUCGUCUUCGGAGUUGUUUGCCAGUGAGCAAGCUCAGGCAUUUCCUCCUCCGCACGCACAGAGGAAAAGCGGAAGGGACAAUGAAGGCGACGCGGCGACGGCAACGCUCGUCAGGAAGCAGAAACGAGAUCUCGCCCGGCUUCUGGUCUGCUUUAGAGGACGCCUCGAGGCCGUCGUUGCCGCUGAGAGAGGGGCGGAGCCGACUGGCGAAGGCGAAGAGGAAGGAGAGGAAAACUUGGGUGAAAUCGAGAAAGAAAAUGGAGAAAGAGAAGGGGCGCGCCACGCGCGGAUAGGCGACGCCGCGGCGGCGAGUAGCUGUCUGACAAGCAGCCUGAAGAAAGGCGAACUGAAAAAGGCGAGCCGGAGAGAAAUAAGAACACAGGCGGCGGACGGGACACACGAGAAGGGCGCAUCGACCGAGAAUCCACAGCGAGAAGCAGAAAAGCAGAGCGUAAACGAACUCAGGGGGGAGGAGCACCUUUGA